UUUGAUCGUUCAUAAAGUGAAAACUGUCGAGGAAUCUUGUGUAUAAUUUCCAUAUUGUAUUCACGAGACAUAUUUUAAUAGGAUCGUAUCUUUGCUAAUUAUGCUCUGUCACCGAGUAAUGACAUAAUAGUGGCGCAUGCAGUACAUUCUUUUAAAGAGGGGAGCAUUCCAGAUGUGUUGCAUAUAUAUCUCCGGAACUAACGAUACCAAACUCACUUUUAACGUAGCUCGGGAAAUAUCUUGCAUGGAAAUGAAAAUUUCAUGUCCGCUGUCUUGUAGUGACAAUUGAAGUUCCACAGUGGUUCAGAUUCGUUUCAGACUCGAUUAUUACAUCGAAAAUGGCCCUGCUAACGCCGUACUGGGGGCUGGACGGUCUCCUCGUCCUUUCGUCCUUGAUGAUUGGCGCCUAUAUGUACGUGACACGGAAAUUCAAAUACUGGUCGAAGCGAGGCAUCAAGGAGGACCCACCUAGACCUUUCGUUGGCAAUUUCGCGGACUGCAUUUUCCUAAGGAAAACAAAUUCGGAGUUUGUGAAAGAGAUGUACGACAAGGCCAAAGGACUUCUCGGAAUGGGAUUCUACAUCUUCGACAAGCCAUACUUUCUGGUCCGCGAUCUAGAACUGCUGAAGCACAUCAUGGUGAAAGACUUCAACUACUUCGCCGAUAGACACGCGACCGCUGACAAGGUCGACGAUCGUCUUGGCUACGCGAACCUGUUCAUGAUAAAGAAUCCCAGCUGGAAGCCUCUCCGAGCGAAGCUGACGCCGAUCUUCACCUCCGGCAAGCUGAAGAAAAUGUUCGAUUUGAUGUUGACGAACGCGGACGAUCUUGGAAAGUAUCUCGACUCGAUGCACUUGGGAAGCAAUGGGAAAGUAGUAGAGGUCAAAGAUAUAUGCGCAAAUUUCACUACCGACAUGAUCGGUAACACUGCGUUCGGUGUGAGAGUGAAUUCGUUGCAGGAGCCAAAGUCGGCGUUCCGCGAAUUCGGCAGGAUGAUUUUCGACUACGAUUUCGUUCGUAGCUUAGACUUCACUAUCAUAUUCUUCUUCCCUAACUUGGUCAAGUAUAUUAAACCCAAGUUCUUCGGAAAGAAACCGACACAGUUCCUUCGAACUGUUUUCUGGGACGUGAUUAAUCAACGAAUCGAAUCGGGACAGAAGAGGGGCGAUCUCAUCGAUGUGUUGAUCGAGAUGAAGGAGAAAUACAAGGACGACCAGACUAUGACUGACUUCAAGUUCAACGGCGAUGAUUUAGUGUCACAAGCGGCCAUAUUCUUUACCGGUGGUUUCGAGACGUCUUCCACUACCAUGUCUUUCACAUUGUACGAGCUAGCUUUGAACCCAGCUGUACAAAAUACUCUCAGGGCAGAGAUCCACGAUGCUCUCGCGAAAACCGAUGGCAAAAUUACGUACGACAUGGUUAUGUCGCUACCGUACCUCGACAUGGUAGUUUCAGAGACUCUUCGCAAAUUUCCACCACUGGGUUUCGUGGAUCGAGUGUGCCUCGCCGAUUAUAAAGUUCCCAAUUCCGAUCUGGUGAUAGAGAAGGGUACUCCCGUGUUCAUUUCCGUAAUAGGCAGCCACUACAAUCCGGAGUACUUCCCAAAUCCGGAGAAAUUCGACCCGCUCAGAUUCACGGAAGAGGCAAAGAACUCUAGGCCGAGUUACGUCUAUUUACCAUUUGGCGACGGGCCUCGCGUCUGCAUAGGCAUGCGACUCGGACUCAUGCAGUCGAAACUGGGACUCAUUCAGAUAUUGAAGGACUAUGAAUUCUCACCUUGCGAGAAAACAAGAAUUCCAAUGGUCCUGGAUCCUAAAGCACUCACCACGACAGCUUUAGGGGGGAUACAUUUAAACAUUCGAAAAGCCACCACCGCGGCUGGUUAAGCGUAAAAUCUGUCUUUUACUUCAUUUAUUUCACUUGCUCAAUUUGUAAUUGAAUAAUUUAUAACUGAAUACGUACGUGUGAUUAUUCCAAUUUAAAUGUACUUUGUCAUCAGUCCGAAAUUUUUUCCCGACGAAACGUAGCUAGACCACAAUGGUCAAAGUGACUGAUUUAUAAUUUUUGUUGUUGAAAAUUUCAUGGUAUAUUUUUAAAUAUUUGAAUGAUUUCUCAUAAAAUAUACGAACGAAAGCUUUUUUUUUCUUUUCUUCUUUUCUCUGCUUAGAGAUGUUUUCAUUAAAAAUUUUAGACUUUAAUCGUACCGAUAAUUCUAAUGUUAAAACAUUGGGCAGUUGAAGUUCACGGUUUGAAAUAUCUGAAACCAAUUAGAUAAGAUGUUACUACGUUAAAUUGUUGUUAAAUCGAUCGGAAAGUUUUGUCGUCAGAUUCUACUUGUAAUAUUAGUUUAAUGUGCAAAAGAUUAAAAAUUACAGCCAAUUGUAGCAAACAAUACGACGAAAUCAUCUCGGAACAUAUGUAAACAUCCUGUGUGUCUGCCUGUGGAAAGGAAAAUAUACAUCUCGUGCUGAGGAAACGUGA